AUGAAUUGGGGAACAUUGCUUAAGGAUAUAAAAGGGAAGGUCGGAAUAGCUGAAGCUAACGCCGAGUUAAUCGUCGGCGAUGUCGUUAGUGACCUUACUUCUCCGCCUUCCUCCUCCUCAGCUUCACCGUCCUCUAGUUAUGCCGUCUCUGCUGAAGUCGACUUCAAUUUAUUAUCUCCUACAAGCCGAGCUAGACAUGAGCUGGAACUGGACUUCAAGAGUUACUGGGAAGAGUUCCGUUCAUCAAUCUCUGAAAAGGAUAAAGAAGCCGCCUUGGAUCUAAGUGUGAAUACGUUUUGUAGACUAGUGAAACUCCAUGCUAAUGUAGAUCAGUUACUUACAAUGUUAGUAGAAACACAUAUAUUCACUUUCGUCAUUGGGAGAGCAUUUGUUACAGAUAUUGAAAAGUUAAAGAUUAGCAGCAAGACGAGGUCACUGGAUGUAGAAAAUGUAAUAAAGUUCUUUUCUGAAGUCACCAAGGAGGGUUUUAGUCACGGUGAAAACCUUUUAACCGCUGUUGAAGUUCUUGCAUCUGGGCCUAUCGACAAACAAUCUCUACUGGAUUCUGGGAUAUUAUGCUGUCUAAUACACACUCUCAAUGCGCUUCUGACCUAUAAUGUAGCCAGUGAAAGUGAAAAAACUGUUAAUUAUGAAGAAAAGGUGGAGGGGAGUAUUGUCCAUAUCAUGAAAGCAUUGGCAAGCCAUCCUUCAGCUGCACAGAGUUUGAUUGAAGAUGACUCCCUUCAGUUGCUUUUCAAAAUGGUUGCCAAUGGUUCUGUUGUGGAUUUCUCUCAAAAGAAAGAAGGUCUAGUUUCAUUCCAUAACGUACAGCUUCACAGACAUGCAAUGCAGAUUCUGGGGCUUCUUCUUGUCAAUGACAAUGGGAGCACGGCAAGCCACAUACACAAACACCAUCUGGUCAAUCAUUUCGUGCUUAUGUUGAAACUGUGUGAGAUAAAGGUUCUACUAAUGGCUGUAAAAGAUUUUGAUCCGGUUUGUGGGGACUCGGACUAUACAAUGGGGAUUGUGGAUUUGUUACUUGAAUGUGUGGAUCUAUCGUACAGACCUGAAGCUGGUGGUGUGAGGCUCAAGGAGGACAUACGAAAUGCACAUGGUUACCAUUUUCUUGUACACUUUUCCCUGGUUCUGUCUUCCAUGCAAAAAAAUAUGGUUUUUCCGUCCAAUCAUUCAUCUUCACACCAAAAUGGUGGUUCAGAUGACUCUGAAAAACAGCUUUCCCCUUCACUCUCAAGAUUGCUUGAUGUUCUUGUCACCUUGGCUCAGACUGGUCCCGUUGAGUCAUCUGGAGCAACUACCUCACUGUUGUCCCGAUCGAAGUCCACUGGGUAUAGCAGAAGUCAAACACCGUCUGUUAACAGGCUGUAUGAUGAGACAUGGGAACAGGGAAAUGGUAAAGUUAAAGACCUUGAAGCUGUCCAAAUGCUGCAAGACAUCUUUCUGAAAGCAGAGAACAAGGAUCUUCAGGCUGAAGUGUUAAACCGAAUUUUCAAGAUAUUCUCGAGCCAUAUCGAAAACUAUAGAAUGUGCCAAGAAUUAAGGACUGUUCCACUUCUCUUGCUGAAUAUGGAUGAUUUUCCUUCCUCACUGCAAGAGAAAAUCCUCAAAAUUCUUGAAUAUGCUGUCACAGUUGUAAACUGUGUUCCAGAGCAAGAACUGUUGUCACUUUGUUUCUUGUUGCAGCAGCCAAUCAAUUCUCAGUUGAAGCAUACCAUACUUUCUUUCUUUGUAAAGCUCACAUCCUUUGAUCUACAGUACAAGAAAGUCCUAGGUGAAGUUGGUGUUUUGGAAGUCUUACAAGAUGAUCUAAAGCAGCACAAGCUUCUCAUGGGCUCAGAUCACUAUAGUGGAGUUUCUAAUCUUUUGCAUCGGGUACCUAGCUCACCUCGCUUCAAACAACACCUAGAUAGUAAGGAUGCCAUCAUUUCAUCACCAAAGCGGAUGGAAUCUGGUUCAGGAAGGUUCCCUAUAUUUGAAGUUGAAAGCACUAUAACUGUUGGUUGGGGUUGUAUGAUCUCUUUGCUAAAGAAAGCUGAAGCUAAUCAGGCAGCUUUUCGUUCUGCCAAUGGCGUGGCCGUUAUUCUUCCUUUCUUGGUCUCUGAUGACCAUCGUAAAGGCGUUUUGAGGAUUUUGUCAUGUUUAAUCACGGAAGACACUGAACAGGUCCAUCAUGAAGAAUUAGAAACUGUUGUCGAUAUGUUGAAGAGUGGAAUGGUCACUGGAAUAUCUGGGCACCAAAACAAGCUUCAUUACGAAGCCAGAUGUGAUAUCAUGGGUGUUCUCUGGCGUAUUUUUGGGGUUAAUGGCUCUGCCCAAAGAGUCUUCGGUGAAGCCACUGGUUUUUCUCUUCUGUUGACCACCCUUCAUACUUUCCAAGCGGAAGGAGAGUGCAGGGACGAGUCUCAUUUUAUGGUUUACAUCAAAUUGUUUAAACAUCUAUUGCGCCUCAUGACAGCUGUUGUCUGUGGGAAUGCUGUUAAUAGAAUGAAACUGCACAGUGUCAUUACAUCUCAGACAUUUUAUGAUCUUCUGGUGGAGUCUGGUUUGCUGUGUGUUGAUCUGGAAAGACAGGUGAUACAACUGUUGCUAGAACUUGCACUUGAAGUUUUGGUUCCACCGUUUUUGACAUCAGAAGCUAUGGUCUCAGCUGAUAUGAUAGAAAGUGAAAAAGCAAGCUUUCUUGUAAAAACCCCGUCUGGCAAAUUUAAUCCUGACAAGGAGAGGAUCUAUAAUGCAGGUGCUGUCAGAGUUCUGAUCCGUUCACUGUUGCUUUUUACUCCAAAAACGCAGUUGGAAUUUCUGAACCUUCUAGAAAGGCUUGCACAUGCCAACUCAUUCAACCAGGAAAACCUCACGUCAGCUGGUUGCGUGGAACUUCUGUUGGAGAUUAUCCACUCUUUUCUUCCGGGUUCAUCUCCAUUUCUUUCUCAUGCUUUAAAGGUUGUUGAAGUUCUUGGGGCGUACAGAUUGUCCCCAUCUGAGCUCCAAAUGCUGUGUAGAUAUGUUUUGCAGAUGAGGGUUGUGAAUUCAGGCCACGCAAUAGUUGGUAUGAUGGAAAAGAUAUUUCACAUGGAAGACACAGACUUGGAACAUGUUUCCAUGGCUCCCUUUGUAGAGAUGGACAUGAGUAAAACUGGGCAUGCUUCUGUUCGGGUGUCCCUGGGAGAAAGAUCUUGGCCUCCUGCUGCUGGUUAUUCAUUUGUUUGUUGGUUCCAGUUCCGUAAUUUUCUGACAACCCAAGGAAAAGAAACAGAAGUCCAUAAAGCUGGUGGUUCAUCAGAGAGGCCCAUUUUGAAUGGGCAACAAAGUGGACAAAAUGUUUUCCGAAUAUUUUCUGUUGGUGCCGUAGGUAAUGAAAGUCCAAUCUAUGCUGAACUUUAUUUUCAAGAGGAUGGUAUUCUGACCCUUGCCACCAGCAAUUCAAAUUCUUUGUCAUUUUCUGGAUUAGAAAAAGAGGACGGCAAGUGGCAUCACCUUGCUGUUGUCCAUAGUAAGCCAAAUGCUCUUGCUGGACUCUUCCAGGCCAGUGUUGCAUAUGUUUAUAUUGAUGGAAUACUAAGGCACAUGGGUAAAUUGGGGUAUUCUCCUUCACCUGUCGGAAAAUCUUUGCAAGUAACUAUUGGAACUCCAGCUACAUGUGCCAGGGUUAGCAAUUUGACAUGGAAAAUACGGUCAUGUUAUCUUUUUGAGGAGAUGCUCACGUCAGGCUGCAUUGGUUUCAUGUACAUUCUUGGUAGAGGGUAUAAAGGCCUUUUCCAGGAUGCAUAUCUCUUACGCUUCGUGCCUAAUCAGGCUUGUGGUGGGGGCAGCAUGGCUAUCCUUGACUCGUCAGACACUGACAUGUCAUCAGCAUCUAAUAGCCAAAAUCUUGAAGGAAGUAAUAGACAAGGAAAUUCUAAGGCAGAUGGUAGAGGAAUUGUAUGGGAUCUCGAGAGGUUAGGAAAGCUUUCCUUUCAGUUACCUGGUAAGAAACUUAUUUUUGCAUUUGAUGGAACAUGCUCAGAGUUCAUACGCGCGACUGGAAGUUUUUCCCUCCUCAAUCUGGUUGACCCAUUGUCUGCUGCUGCUUCUCCUCUUGGAGGAAUACCGUGUUUCGGUCGCCUGGUAGGGAAUGUGAGUAUAUGCAGACAAAAUGUGAUUGGGGAAACUAUCCGCCCUGUGGGAGGAAUGGCUGUUGUACUUGCACUUGUUGAAUCUGCUGAAUCUAGAGAUAUGCUACGUAUGGCUCUUUCAUUGCUUGCCUGUGCGCUUCAUCAGAAUCCUCAGAAUGUGAAGGAUAUGGAAACAUACAGGGGCUAUCAUUUACUAGCUCUGUUUUUACGUCCCAAGAUGGCGCUAUUUGACAUGCAAUGUUUGGAGAUAUUUUUCCAAAUUUCUGCAUGCAAAGCUUUCUUUUCAGAGCCCAAGAGGUUGGAGAGUGGACGAAGUACUAUUAGCAUGUCACCUUCGGAGACUAUACCUGAAAACAACUAUGAGGAUCUUAAUCUGUCAAAGUUUCUAUAUGAAACUUCUUCAGUUGGAUUUCCUGGAGAUAUGGAUGAUAUUUCGGGGCCCAAAGAUUCUUUCAGUCAUAUAUCUGAGCUGGAAACGGGAGAUAUUCCUGUUGAAACUACAAACUGCAUUGUCUUAUCCAAUGCAGAUAUGGUGGAACAUGUCUUCCUGGACUGGACCCUCUGGGUGAUGGCCCCUGUUUCGAUCCAGAUUACUUUACUUGGUUUUCUGGAGAAUCUCGUCUCAAUGCUUUGGUACAAGAGUCACAAUCUUACGAUUCUGCGCCAAAUUAAUCUGGUGGAACAUUUGUUAGUAACACUUCAACGAGGGGAUGUGGAAGUUCUUGUCCUAGAAAAAUUAGUUAUUCUUCUUGGAUGCAUCUUAGAAGAUGGGUUCCUUACUUCUGAGCUUGAAGAUGUGGUUAGGUUUGUCAUCAUGACAUUUAAUCCGCCCGAAAUAAAAUCAAGAAACUCAUCAAUGCGCGAGUCAAUGGGAAAGCAUGUUAUUGUGAGAAAUUUACUUUUAGAAAUGCUGAUUGAUCUCCAGGUAACCAUAAAAGCACAAGAACUGCUGGAGCAGUGGUAUAAGAUAGUCUCAUCAAAAUUAAUAACAUACUUCCUUGAUGAAGCUGUGCAUCCUACUAGUAUGAGAUGGAUCAUGACCCUUCUUGGUGUUUGUCUCACUUCUUCCCCGAACUUUUCUCUUAAAUUUCUUACAAGUGGAGGAUAUCAGGGGCUGCUACGGGUACUUCAAAGCUUUUAUGAUUCCCCAGACAUAUAUUAUAUCUUGUUCUGCUUGAUAUUCGGAAAACCUGUUUAUCCAAGACUACCAGAGGUUCGAAUGUUAGACUUUCAUGCACUAGUUUCGAAUGAUGGAAGUCGUGUGGAGUUGAAGUUUGUUGAUCUGUUGGAUUCAGUAAUUGCGAUGGCUAAAUCUACUUUUGACAGACUGAUCAUGCAAUCAAUGAUUGCCCACCAAUCUGGAAACCUUUCACAGGUGAGCGCUAGCCUUGUAGCUGAGCUUGUUGAGAGCACUGCAGAUAUGACUGGAGAGCUUCAAGGGGAAGCUUUAAUUCAUAAAACAUAUGCGGCACGGUUGAUGGGUGGCGAAGCAUCAGCUCCUGCUGCUGCGACAUCUGUUAUCCGUUUCAUGGUUGAUCUUGCAAAGAUGUGCCCUCAAUUUUCAGCUGCUUGCAGAGGCCCAGAAUUUCUCCAAAAUUGUGCUGAUCUUUACUUUUCCUGUGUCAGGGCUGCUCAUGCUGUGAAGAUAGCCAAACAGCUCUCAAUCAAAGCAGAUCAGAAUACAAGUGGUGGUGAUGAGAGUAGCGCACAAGGCGCUUUCUCUAGCUUGCCUCAGGAUCAGGGCCAGUCCACAAAAACCUCCAUCAGUGCUGGAAGCUUCCCUCAAGAGCUGGUCAGUGUGAGUUCUGAAGACAUGCCUUUACCUUCAGAUUAUGAGGCUAUUGAUAAGGUGGGGAGCAAUCUUACGACACCAUCACAGGAUUCAAAAAAACCAUUUCAAGUUCAGAAACAAGAUGGUGAUCAUGUUGGCCCUGGAUCAGCCUCCAGUGAAAUAGAAUUUAGAGAUUUUAAAGGUAGUUCAAGUCAAGUUCAGCCUAUAGAUUCUCAGAGUUCUGAAUCUUUCUCGAUGUUAGAGUCUCCCCUCUUAUCUGAAAAAUCAAGUCUCAAAGCUCCAUUCAGUACUCCAUCACUAUCUCCGGCUGUAUAUAAUGAAUCCAAAAUUUCUACAAUUGCCACUCCUCUUCCGUCGCAUAUCUCAGUUAGUGACUUUGAUGCAUCUUCAGAUCAAAACUCAGGUUCAUCUGCUGUCCAUGCAUUAUUUCCAAUUAGUCAAAAAAUUCUCCUCGAAACUGAUGAUUCUGGGUAUGGUGGUGGGCCUUGUUCUGCUGGAGCAAGUGCCAUGCUAGAUUUUAUGGCAGAGGUAUGUGCGGACUUAAUGACUGAGCAGACCAAAGCAGUACAGGCUUUGGAAAGCAUUUUAGAAAUGAUUCCUUUAUAUGUGGAUCCUGAAUGUGUUCUAGUGUUUCAAGGGUUAUGCCUUAGCAGAGUCAUGAACUAUCUUGAAAGGCGUCUCUUGCGUGAUGAUGAAGAGGAUGACAAAAAACUAGAUAAAAGAAAAUGGUCGGCGAACUUGGAUGCAUUUUGUUGGAUGAUUGUGGAUCGUGUCUAUAUGGGGGCUUUUCCUCAACCAAGUGGAGUCCUUAGAACCCUUGAGUUCUUGUUAUCAAUCCUGCAAUUGGCUAACAAAGAUGGUAGAGUUGAAGAAGUCACUCUUUCAGGGAAAGGUCUGUUAUCCAUUGGAAGAGCAACCAGACAACUAGAUGCUUACGUGCACUCAAUCCUGAAGAACACAAAUAGAACAAUACUUUAUUGUUUCCUACCUCAGUUCUUGAUAACUAUUGGAGAGGAAGACCUACUGUCACGUCUGGGCCUACUGCUUGUAGAAUCUAACAAGAGGCAAUCUUCAAAUUCAAGCGUUGAGGAAUCUGGAAUUGAUAUUUCAACGGUUCUUCAAUUGUUGGUUGCGAACAGGAAAAUCAUAUUCUGCCCAAGCAAUCUUGAUACAGAUUUAAAUUGCUGUCUGUGUGUGAAUUUAAUCUCUCUACUCCAUGACCAGAGAAAGAAUGUGCAAAACAUGGCACUUGAUAUUCUCAAAUAUUUGCUGGUUCACCGAAGAUCUGCUUUUGAGGAUCUGCUUGUCAGAAAACUACACAAAGGACAAAAAUUUGAUGCAUUACAUGGGGGUUUCGAUAGACUGUUGACUGGAAAUCUUCCAGAAUUCUCUAAGUGGCUUGAGAGCUCCCAACAAAUUAUAAAUAAAGUACUGGAGCAGGGUGCUUCAGUUAUUUGGAUACAGUACAUAGCUGGCUCGAAAAAGUUUCCUGAUGUUCGAAUGAAAGGCAUGGAUGGUCGCCGUACGAGAGAGAUGGGGAGAAAAUCACGAGAUAUGUUGAAAUUAGACUCAAAAAGAUGGGAACAGUUAAAUGAGCGGAGAUAUGCACUUGAAAUAGUGCGUGAUGCAAUGUCUACUGAGCUUAGGGUUGUGCGGCAAAACAAGUAUGGCUCAAUACUUCAUGCCGAGAGUGAGUGGCAAACUCAUCUUCAACAGCUUGUACACGAGCGUGGUAUAUUCCCAUUGCGUAUUUCACAAGGAUCUGAAGUUCUUGCAUGGCAGCUCUGUUCUAUUGAAGGUCCAUACAGGAUGCGGAAAAAGCUUGAACGAUGUAAACUGAAAAUUGAUAGCAUUCAUAAUUUACUAGAAAGGAAGUUGGAACUUGGAGAAGUUGAGCUACCCAAACCCAAAAAUGAAGAUGGCCUAAUUAUUUACGAUACGGGUUCUGAGCCACCUUUCUUGCUUAGUAGUGAACUUUACAGCAAGUCCUUUUUCGAAGAAGGUGAUGAUCUUAAGGAUGUUCCUUCUGCUGCAAGUGGAUGGAAUAAUGAUACAACUUGUAGUACAAAUGAGGCGAGUCUUCAUAGUGGUUUUGAUCUUGGUGGUGAGUCUAGUAGUACAGCAUCUGUUCCAAUAAGCGACAACACAGAUUCAAAAUCUGAGACUGGAUCUCCACGACAGUCAUCUUCUGGUAAAAUGGAUGAAGCCAGAGGUGUGGAGGAAGAAUCAGAAAAGGAACUGAAAGAUGAUGGUGAGUUUUUGAUCAGACCUUAUCUAGAACAUCUUGAAAAAGUUAGGUUCCGAUAUAACUGUGAAAGAGUUGUUGGUUUGGACAAACAUGAUGGGAUCUUCUUAGUAGGGGAACUCUGCCUGUAUGUGAUUGAACAUUUUUACAUUGACCAUCAUGGGUGUAUCUGUGAGAAGGAGUGUGAGGACGAGUUAUCCAUUAUUGAUCAGGCUUUGGGUGUGAAAAAGCAUUUCACGGGAAGCUUGGAUAUUCAGUCCAAGUCUAGCACAUUAUGGAGUACAACAAUGAAAACCGGAGCUGUAGGGGGAAGAGCAUGGACAUAUGGUGGUGGCGCUUGGGGGAAGGAAAAAGUGCGCAAGACUGGUAACUUGCCACAUCCUUGGCGUAUGUGGAAACUGCAUAGUGUUCAUGAGAUCUUAAAACGUGAUUACGAGCUGCGUCCAGUUGCUGUCGAGAUAUUUAGCAUGGAUGGAUGUAAUGAUCUCCUUGUGUUCCACAAGAAGGAGAAGGAAGAAGUCUUCAGAAAUCUGCUUGCCAUGAAUCUUCCAAGGAACAGCAUGCUUGACACAACCAUUUCAGGAUCAGCUAAACAGGAAAGUAAAGAGGGUAGUCGUCUUUUCAAAUUAAUGGCGAAGUCUUUCACGAAAAGAUGGCAAAAUGGGGAGAGCAGCAAUUUCCAAUACCUAAUGCAUCUCAACACGCUAGCAGGACGUGGAUACAAUGAUCUUACACAGUAUCCAGUAUUUCCUUGGAUCCUAGCAGAUUAUGAUAGUGAGAGUCUUGAUUUGUCAGAUCCAAAGAAUUUUCGCAAGCUUGACAAACCAAUGGGUUGUCAGACACCUGAAGGAGAAGAAGAAUUUAGGAAUCGAUANGAGAGCUGGGAUGAUCCUGAGGUUCCAAAAUUUCAUUACGGUUCUCACUAUUCAAGUGCUGGCAUUGUUCUGUUUUACCUUCUUCGCNUCCCACCGUUCAGUGCUGAAAAUCAGAAGCUGCAGGGUGGUCAUUUUGAUCACGCUGAUCGACUUUUCAACAGUAUUAGAGAUACUUGGCUAAGCGCAUCAGAUGUGAAAGAACUAAUUCCUGAAUUCUUCUACAUGCCUGAAUUUUUAGAAAACAGAUUUAAUUUUGAUUUAGGUGAAAAACAGUCAGGAGAAAAGGUGGGUGAUGUAUUUUUACCUCCUUGGGCUAGAGGAAGUGUUCGUCAAUUCAUCCGCAAGCACAGAGAAUCUGCAUCAUUGGAUAGAUCUCAUCUUUGGGCUGCAGAAAAAGCUGUAAAUGUUUUCUAUCAUUACACUUAUGAGGGGAAUGUGGAUGUAGAUGCAGUUACGGAUCCCGCGAUGAAAGCUUCCAUACUAGCGCAGAUUAAUCAUUUUGGACAAACGCCAAAGCAACUAUUCCAGAAACCUCAUAUCAUCACUUUCCAUGACAAGUUGCUUGUUGCCGCCUCAAACUGUUUCCUUAAACCCAGAGGCUUUAGGAAGUACAUAAGAUGGGGUUUCCCAGACAGGAGCUUGAGAUUUAUGAGCUAUGAUCAGGACAAGCUCUUAUCCACCCAUGAAAAUCUUCAUGACGGCAAUCAGAUCCAGUGUGCUGGUGUUAGUCACGAUGGGCGCAUUAUAGUCACUGGAGCAGACGAUGGUCUAGUCUCUGUGUGGAGAGUCAACAAGGAUUGUCCGCGUGGUUCAAGGCGUUUACGGUUAGAGAAAGCCCUAUGUGCUCACAGAGCCAAAGUCACUUGUCUACGCGUAAGCCAACCUUACAUGAUGAUCGCAAGCGGUUCAGAUGACUGUACAGUUGUCUUAUGGGAUCUCAGUUCUUUAAGUUUUGUGAGGCAGCUUCCUGAUUUCCCAGUUCCCGUUUCAGCAAUCUACGUAAAUGACCUUUCAGGAGAAAUCAUAACUGCUGCUGGAACUUUACUCGCGGUUUGGAGCAUCGCAAUGGUUAACACAUCACAGUUACCAUCUGAUUUGAUAGCAUCNGUAACGGGAUCAACGUUCUCUGACUGGCUAGAAACAACCUGGUAUGUGACUGGUCAUCAAAGCGGGGCUGUUAACGUGUGGCGGAUGGUACAUUGUACUGAUCCGAUUAGUUCCGAGAUCGAAACAGCUAGCAAAAGAACAGGAGGGCUAAUAAAUUUGAUUGAUCAAGUGCCAGAAUACAAGUUGCUUUUACACAAGGAAUUGAAAUUCCACAAGCAACCUGUCACAGCUCUGCAUCUCACGACGGAUUUGAAGCANUUACUGANCGGGGAUUCAGCUGGACAUUUGGUUUCAUGGACAGUACCAGACGAGAUAUUAAAAGCUUCAUUUAAAAAAAGCUUCGUAGUUUAG